GGUGGCGGUGGGUGCUCCGGGUUCCUCCGCGCGCGCGAGAGAGAGAGUGUGUCCGCGAAAAACUAGUGCCGAGCCAUCAUGGCGAACCCACGGAAAUUCAGUGAAAAGAUCGCGCUGCUGAAUCAGAAGCAGGCGCAGGAGACGGCGGCGUUCGAGGCGAUCAUGCGGGAGGUUUCGGACGUCACGAGCAGGGUGGCCUCGGCGAGCAGCUCGGUGGGUGCUAGUCCCACGGGAUCCGGCGUACCGGAGACCCCGCUGUCCGUCAAGAGUGCCGGCGCCAGUCCACCGCAGUCCAGCGGCAAGCAUCUGCAUAUUAACCUGGGGAAUCAGUUCAGGGCGGGCGGCUCGCUGCCGAACGUUAACAACAAUGCGAAUUGCGGCGGCGACGCGAAAGAGCACUCCUCGCCGCAUACCGGCGCGAUCCACUCGAUCGACCUUAAGACGGCGCUCAGCAAUCUCGAGGAGAUGCAACACAACUCGAUGGUCUACCGCAGCGACAAUAGGAGCCGCAGCAUGGGGGUCGGUCCGAUGAGAUCCCGGCCCAUGGAGAAGAGACACGACACCUCGCCGUACAGCGGCGUACCUUACCUGUCGCCACCGCCGCCGGACACCUGGCGGAGAACCAACUCGGACUCGGCUUUGCAUCAGAGCGCGAACGAGGCUUGCCAGUCGACCUCCGCCAUACCUCAUCGACGAGGUAGCGACGCAUAUCAGCACGCCAUGACCGGGAGCGGGAGCGACAACAGGGAUUCUCAUCACAGCUUCAUCGAGCGGCCGAGAUCCUCGUGCGAAAUGCCGAGAGUGCCUGGCAUCAACAUAUACCCGAGCUCGCAACCACCGGGACAGCAGAUACCGAUUGGCAACAACACGGGAUCGUUGCCCGAUCUGAGCAACGUGCACUUCCCGUCGCCCAUUCACACUCCCCUGGAUCAGGAGGAUCACUCGAGUAGUACGCCAUUCAGCAACAGUCCUCAAACGAGCAGUCCCACAAACCUGUCGCCGACCAGCUUGGCACAAGCUGGUAGGCUGUCCUUUUCACAGGAUCACAAUCCGUCAAGCGUCCAACAGGGUGUGGCACUGGAAAACAGCACAAGUACUUCGCAACAGGAUCUUCAGAGCUACCCGCAGCAACCGGCGCCGACGGCGACGUCUCACAGCCCGACCAGCCACUACAUUUAUCAACAACCGCACAGUCCUGUGCCGCCGCAAAGUCCAAAAACGUCGCAGUCGCAGCAACAACAGCAACAGCAGCAGCAGCAUCAACAGCCACCGCAGCAGCUCAACUCACUGGGGUCGUACCGAUCCACGCAGUCGGUGAACAGGCCGUCGCCGCAAUCGUCACCUAGUCUAACAGUUCAAGGAAGUCCUCUGAGUUACAGCAAUAACCCGUCGGCGCCAUCUAGUCCCACGGGACAUCCGGGUCCACCGAACUUGACGUCCGAUGCGAUCGACCAGAAUACUUACUUCAUGAGUCAGGCGCAAGCGGCGUCCCUUCAGCAGGACUUCGAGCAGUUCACGAUGGGACUGGAGUGGCCCAAAUUCGCGCAGCAGCUGAUGGAACUUGGUUGCACCUGGACCACGCAGAUAGAGAUGGACACGCCGGUGCAGGCGAGCACGAUCGGGACGUACAUCGGAUCGCCGAAUCACACGGCGAAUUUCACGCAGAACGACGUGAUCAAUGUUGGCGGCGAAUUAGGCAGCGGAGAUACCAGCUACUUUAGCACGAAUCCGCAAAUGGCGUAUCAGCCGCCGACGACGACCACCACCGCUACCCAGCAGCUCACACCGCAAACGCCAAACACACCCACGAUCAUUCUCACAGACUUCUCUGCUCCGGACGAUCUGACGAAUCCGGAAUUCGUGAAAGACCUCGGCACGGCGAUGAUGGGCGACUUCGACCCGGAAAUGUUUCCAUCUGACGACGCCCUCAGGCAGGGCCUCGAUCCGAUCGACGUGGACGGUUUACAAAUGCUCGCGGACCCUACGAUGGUCAUAUCGGAUUCCAGCGCCGAGGCCCACUUUAGGUUAGAUCGCCUCUAAGAGAAGAGAUUUUACUCAUUUUACCGACCGACAGACAGAUCCGCUGGCUAACGCAUGAAGGAUAAAACAAUUCUGUCCUGGUGUCGUCGCGAAUUAAUUCUUAAGACACUUUGACACAUGGGGUACCACUUGUUGGACACUGGCGGAUUUUGCAGGGCAAAAAUGCGAGUCAAUGUGUAUACUUAUACAUCGCCGUGUAUAUUUAUACAUAUUUAGAGAUAUACACCUUGUCCAACUUCAUUUUUGUGCAGCGCGUGUGUCACACAGAGCGGGUGUGCGAGAAACACACGUUUAUCAAUAUCAAUUGUCUCGCGCCCGAUACGAUAUUUCCUUUUCUUUUCUCCUCUUUCUAAUCUCAACUCGUGCAUCGCCUCCGCGACUUAUCGCAUAUAAAGAAAACAAAAGAAGUCAAGUGUAAAUAGUAUACUAUAUGCAGCAGGUUACCCCUGUAGAUAGUAUACUCGUGUACGAAAUCUCCUUCCGGAUACAAGUCAGUGGUCAACGAUAGUUGUUUCCCGCUCGUGAUAAGACCGUUAAUUGACGAUUAAGUAAUACGAAUCUUUAUUAACCCUUUUUUUUAUUUUACACUACUUUGUACAUUGUAUCAUGUAUGAUCUCUAAGAAGCACAAAACGAAAUGUUUACUGAUGAUUUAUACAUGCUUUUAUCAUACGCAAUUAUAGUAAGAGGUAAUAUCUACCGUUUAGGCCAAUUUAACGUUAGAGAGGACGAUCGAUUCGCGCCCCCCUCAACGAGGAGGAGCGUUUAAAACGCAUAAAGACAUAGAAGUGAGAGAGGAGGGAGAUGCCUAUCGGCGGUACACGCCACAGCAGCAAUCUAGAUCGUUGUGUUUCCUUUUUCUCGUUAUAAUCUUGCGAGAGCAGCUUGUAUACGCGAUCAUAAACGCGUUUGCGUUAGCGGAAUGUAUUCUGGAUGGGGGUGGAAGAUUCGCGUUAUCGCGCUGGCCGAUACACCGAGAUCCCAUCCAGAUAACACAGAAUUGAAUCAUCGAGUCCCGAAUUCGGACUCGUCUCUUUUUGCCUUGGUCGAUCGACAGUCGUGAUCGGAUCCGAUGUUUCGCGAAUUGCAAAAUCCAGAGAUUCAAUGGCGAUCUCGGCGCGAAAGGACCGCGCAGGACCGUUUAUUAACGAGAAGAAUCAUCUCUCUGCAUCUCGAGCGUGCAAUCCUCAUACUGGUCACCACUUCUGUACGUUUAGAUUAGGAAUAGUUUCGUUUCGCCACACGCAACCAUCCCCUACGACUUGUCGUAUUGACUCGUGCUACCCGGGAAAAGAAAUCGAGUAAACUCAAUUGUUAACACUUGCGUUCUGAUUUUCGUAUCACGCUGGACGGACGCGGUGGUAAUAACGAGCAGGCAGAUAUGCGUCAUAUGCGUGUACCCUCGGCGGUUGUCAAUUGUUUUUUGAAAGUAAUAUAUAUUAUACUUUAUACGCGCGUUCGGUGGUGAAAACCGAAUGCGAAAUUAAGAUAAAUGAUAAAGUAUGAGAUCAAGAAAACGACGCUUAUAUCUAUACACAUCGUAAGUAGCGUACCAUACCCUUCUCAGUAACAUUCGAAUUCUUCAUUCUAGUUGAACACACGAUAUAGGCGAUUGUAGUGUUACGGAUUCAGGCUGCGACAAGUCGGAAAGUGCGACGAAUUACACGGGAAUACGGUGAGUUCCCGCGAUGCACACACGCCAGUCGUAUUGCCAGUCGUUUGCGAGCGUGAAAACCGCUUGACAGAUUGGACAAACUUACAAUUCGAAAUUCAAAUUACGAGAACACGAGAGGAAUUCGAUCGUGAGGGAGAGCGACGCGCCGUCUCGAGCUCGUCAAACGCCAUUAAUUAUCCGCGAAAACGUUCAUACCUGAAAUGUGUAGCCUGAAUCCAGCGGUGCAUACCACAGCACUCUCACACGCAUACAUACAUACAUACAUACAUACAUACGCAGGACACAUAUAUAGAUGCAGACCUUCUUUCAUACUACAUUGAAUAGAUUGAAAAUCGGGACGUUACAGACGUAAAGUGAAAUAGUAUAAAUUCGUUAUCGCUCUGAUACCAUUCAUAUCUUAUAAAUAUAGAUCACCUUGUAUCUGCAAGAGAGAAUACAUAAAUAUACCGGAGUAUAAACGUCGAGGAAGUUCCGGUAAGCGCGAAGUGCGGUGGAAGGAAGUGUCCUGUUCCUUUCGUUAUCUCUCAUCGUUCAACACAAACACAUACACACACACACACACACACACACAUGCUUAUCAGUUAACCGCCAAAUACACUUCGCGGCUACGGGAGCUUCUUCGCGCGUACCGAAAGCUCGGCGGGGAGAGUACCUCGAGAACGGAAGAAAUUUAACAAUAAUCUUUACAUAUUUAAAAUGUGAUUAAUGUUGACCAAGUUGAUGAACCAUCGAUAUAUUCGAAAGAGUUGACGUAGUAGAAUGAAAAAUUUCUCUUCCCGUUUGCUCUCUUUUACUUGCAAAGUCUCGUCCGCGUAAAUGCGCAAAACGCAAGAGGUGCCAAAAGCGCGUAGAAGAUAUAUUCGUCGUAGAUUGUAAGAUCGUGCUAUCGAAUCAUUAAUCGUGCAAUAUAAACAUAUGUAAUAUGAUCGUCGGUCGUUUAACAUAGGUCGUUAAACCAAGUUAAAUGUUAACCAAGAUCGUGACGUCAAUUUGUCAUUGUCACUCUUAAUCGUGAACGAGGGGCUCGCUAAAAGGGGGACGAAGAACACGGAAUUCUUCACCGGAAUUUCUCGCAAAGAAAAGAUAAAAAAAAAGGAAUGAACAGAGAGGACAGAUUUUCUCCCAUUAUUAUUAUCAUCGUAUCUCCGACACACGUCGCGAAACGUACAUCGCUGUCUUUCGAUUGAUAUACAUAUAUAUAUAUAUAUAUACACAUGUGUAUAUGUAUAUAUAUAUGUAUGUAUAAAUAUAUAUUCAGGUUACCGAAGAACUCGAGCGACUAACAAAUAAUGUGCGCAACACGCACGUGAAGAAAUCGUCGAAACGGGAUGACACACGAUGACCGCGCGUUGCGUUAAUCGCCAUGCUAUGUUAAGCGAAUUUAGCGUCGAUUCGUGAGAUCUUUCAAUAUAACACGUUACCGUUUUUCCUUUCUCGUUUUAUCGAUACCGUCAGGAAACUGAGAAACAGCGUAACGUUUUCAGAGUUCUCUCUCUCUCUCUCUCU